AUGGUGCCUUUAGUAAAUGAUGCUCAAUACUUAGUGCCUUUAGACAACUCUUGUCAGCUGUCCACCAAUCAUUCAUUAACACAUCACUGUACAGAUAAAGAACCAAAUGAACUUAAUCACAAACCUGAGGCCAAAGUACAACCUCUCAACAAUGAAGUCUCAGUGCCCCAGGUAAGCUCCAACAAAAAGACCCAGAACUGCUCAGUUUUGCCUUCAGACAAGUCUAAAGUUAGCCAUUCACAAGACUUGUAUAACAGGCCUACAAAAUCAUCAUCCUCCCAGCUGAAAUGCACAGGCACCAUAUCACCAGACUUCCACUGCAGAAGUACAUUAAGUCCACAUGGCAAAGCUAUAAACUCAUUAUUGCCUCACCCCAAACCUAAGACAACAUCAUCAUCACUGGAACCCAGUCAAACAUCCCUGUGCUCAAGAUUACCCCUCCCAAAGUCUCAGAUGACAUCUUCAAGCCCAGACCAUUUCUGUAAAUCCCCUUCAUUGAGGUCUAAUUAUAGAGCCUCAAGUUCAUCAUUACCCAUUCUCCAGCAUCAAAAGUCACCUUCCUUAAAUACCAUUUGGAAAGCACCUUUUUUUACACACAAUCAAAGAGUCCCUAGUUCAACAUUACUUCAACCGACCUCUCAGAAAUUUUCCUCACUGGACAGCCUUUGGACAUGUUUACUAGAAUCCAAUCAAAGGUCUUUGAGCUCACCAACACUCAACAAACUUCAAAGGAAUGACUUCCUUCCAGUAUCACCAUCUCCGAAGCCCACUCAAAUGGCUCAGAGCUCAUCAGCACAUGACUCCAGACCUCAGAAAAUGUUGAGCUCAAAUUCCAGUGUUCUGAGGUUACCAAUGUCCAUCUUAAAAUACAGGAAAUCGCCUUUAUUAUCCCAUACUAUGCACCAGUCUCAGAGUUUACCAUUGUUCAAGGCCAAAUCUCAGAUGCCCCUGAGACUUGACAGCCAUUUCAGAGCCCUUAGCUCACCGGGUUGUCACUCCAAAUUGUAUCCUACCUCUUUACCAAAUGUCAAAAACAGAGCUACGGGACUACCGCCAUUCCAUCAUGGACCUAAACCAAAGAACUCAGAACAAUCCUUACAGAGCACCAAACCCUCCAUGAGGAACGCAGCUGCCUCAACCAUGGAUUCCAAAUUCCAGAGUAAAUGCAGCUUGGAAUUUAACACCAAGCCAGAAUUAGAUAACGAAAUCCCAUGGGUGUUAGAUUACAGCCACCCCUGCGUUGUUAAAGGUGGGACUGUCCCUAUUGAUGUUGUGAACAAAAUUGUCAAUUCUGUCUCUAAAACCACAAUCCAGAAGGAUCUUUCUCGGCAGAUUCUGUUUCGAAGAAUGAGGGGAAGGCCAAAUCCUCGCCCUGGGCCCCGUCUUUCAUCUACAUAUUCGGUUUGCUUGGAUUGUGCUUCUUGCAUAAAAUCUCAGUGCUGCCAUCUGACAGGAAAAAGAGACCCUCGUGGUGCAACACUGUUUGUCAUACCUACACCUGAAGCCAGUGCGGAGGGGAAAAUAGAGGUGAAAAUAGUUCUUAUCCUUUCAUUACCGGAGACUUCUGGUUCCCCUUGGUUCCCCCUUCAAAUAAAAGAAAAUCAGCCCGAUGAAGAUCCCGAUGAUGACAACCUUGAAGAAUUGGAGAAGAUAACACAGUUCUUUCCUGCAUCUGAAUCUGAUAUCAUCCAUGGACUUAAGGGGAAGAAAGAGUGGGUGCCAGUAAUGUCUGGGAGCAAAGAGAGAAGCCAACAGCCCCAGGCUAUUGACUGGCUGCUUUAUGUUAAAAAAAGUAAUAAUUGUCAGCCACACGCCCAGCUUCCAUCCCCUUCCUCCUCCUCUUCCUCCUCCUCCUCCUCUUCCUACUCUUCUGCCUCUUCUUCUUCAUCUUCUUCCUCUUCUGCUUUUUCCUCUCCACCUUCUCUUAAAGUCCCUCCCUCUCCUUCCUUCUCAGGUAAUGCAUUCAGAAAGGUACUAAGUUACCACCGGUUGCCUCCAGGUGUCUCUUGGCUUGAGUUUAUAUGCAGUAAAGAGUACCAGCUACUUUCUGGAAAACCAAUCAAAGGCCAAUCUUCGUCCCCUAAAAGGAAGCGUGUGAGGAAUCGUACCACAAAAAGCAGAACAAAAGGUUCAAACACACUACUCAAAUAUUUCCAAAAGAAGUUUCAACAUAGGAAAUCCUCAUUAUAUUAA